AUGUCGAGAAUCUCAGACGUAGUAUUCAAAGAUCACCGAGAGUUACAGGAUCAAUACAAAAAGAUCAAGACCGCCAAGGAUGCAGACACUGCAAUUCGUUGGCAAAACCAAUUUGUAUGGGAAUUGGCUCGCCAUUCAAUAGGCGAAGAAAUUGUCGUUUAUCCAAAGUUUAAAAAAUACCUUGGAGAAGUUGGAGCAGAACUUGCAGAGAAAGAUCGAAACGAGCAUCAAAUUGUCAAAGAUUAUUUAUAUAAAUUUCAGUCUUUGAAGCCUAAUCAAACGGAAUUCCUCCCGACAAUUGAUGCCUUGAUGGCAAACCUUCAAAAACAUAUUGAAGAAGAAGAAUCUCAAGAUUUUCCUCAAUUAGAAAGUAAAUUGCUGGCAGAUGAGUCACAGGAGAUGGCGCACAGUUUUCAAAGAACAAAGAUGUUUGUUCCUACCCACAGCCAUCCAUCUGCCCCUAACAAGCCUCCCUUCGAAACUAUUGUUGGACUGCUUUCAGCACCUCUUGACAAGUUGCAAGAUUUAAUGAAACGAUGGCCUCAAUAG